AUGCGGGGUUUCCUCCUUUGUCUUCUUGUGGUAAUUGCUGCUUGUGACAAUUUAAAUUACGAGCCUGGCUUGAAUGUUAAGAAAACCUACGAGUACAAAUAUGAGGGAAUGGUCAAUAUUGGGCGUGGCAUACCAAACCUUGCAGAGUCUGGUGUGAGACUCACAUGCAAAGUAAAGAUCGUUGGUGUGUCUGGACAAACAUUUCUUCUUCAGGUUUCCAACUUUAACUUUGAGGAAUUCAAUGGCAUCCCAGGGAAGGAUACAUUCAAUGCCUCUCCAAAGCUAACAAAUCGGAUUGCUGCUGAGCUCAGCAAGCCCUUCAUGUUUGAGUAUGCUAAAGGCAGAGUCGGUGACAUUCAUGCUACUGCUGAAAUAUCUGACACCAUUGUCAAUAUUGUGAGAGGCAUCCUUGGGUUUUUCCAAGUCACAAUCAAGACCACCCAAAGAGUGUAUGAGCUUGAGGAGUUUGGGAUCCAUGGACUGUGCCUGAGUACCUAUGCCAUCGUGGAGGAUAGUCACUCCCAAGACUUGGAAGUCACUCAUGUAGUUGACACUAAUAACUGCAGAGAAAAGGCAGCCAUUUACAGAGGAAUGGCUCUUGCAGUGGUCAACAAACUGUCCAAAGAGAGAGGUAACUCUGUCAUUUCAACUGUGAGAUACGUCUACACAUUGGAACCAACAGUUCACGGAGGCCUGAUCAAGAAAGCUCAUGCCUUAGAGCGCCAGCAUUUUUCUCCAUUCAACGUCAAAGGGGGAAACUCCAAACUGCAAGCCAUGAAAGAGCUUGUACUGGUCAGUGUAACUGACACUGUGGCAAUCUCUCCUGCUGGUCCCAUGGUAAGCCGAGGGAAUCUGGUAUACAAAUUUGUGAACUUUCCAGGGCCCAUUCCAAUUCUGAUGACAAAGUCAGAUGAUUCAGUGCCCAAGAUUGUGAAGAUGAUCAUGCGUUUGGCUGAAGCAAACAUCUACCAGGUGGACAGUUUAACAAGUGAGGAUGUUUUUGUUCUGUUCCAACUUCUACGUGGGACAUCCCUGGAAGACCUUGAGGCCCUCUGGAUACAGCUCUCAGGGAAUGAUGAACACAGACGGUGGUUUUUGGACACGGUUGUUGAAGUUGCAGAUGCAAGAGUCCUCAAAUUCAUAAAAAACAGAUUUAAAGCUGGUGAUGUAUCAGCCAAUGAAGCUGGACAAAGUAUUCUGAUUGCAUUUAAUCAUGUAACAGCAGAGAUCGACGUGAUGGAGCUGGCCAAUGAGUUGCUGUCCAUGCCGUUCAGUAAGUCACACCCAUUGCUGUGGAAUACUGUGGUGCUGUCCUAUGGAUCACUGGUCUACAAAUACUGUUCAUAUGAGUAUAUUCAGCCUUGCCCAGUGGCGGUUGUUCAGCCCCUGUUGGACCUGGUUAAUGAUGGUCUGAAGAGAAACAAUGACUUGGACAUGGUACUAGCCCUGAAAGCCAUUGGGAAUGCAGGCCACCCCUCCAGCAUUAAAACCAUAAUUCGCUUCCUCCCUGGAGUAUCUGCUUCCCCUGUGAACAUCUCAACACGUGUGCUAAGUGCAGCCGUGCAGUCUCUGAGACAUCUGGCCUUCAGAGACCCCCACACUGUCCAGGAUAUCACAGUAAGCUUGUUUGUUCAGAGGGAACUUCCAACAGAGAUCCGUAUGCUGGCCUGUAUUAUUCUGUUUGAAACUAAGCCACCUUUGGCUUUGGUGUCAACACUGACGUCAUUCCUAUUGAAUGAGGCUGACAUGCAUGUGGCUAGCUUCACUUACUCUCUCAUCCAGAGCAUUGCCAAAUCCAGAACUCCAGACAACCACUUACUCUCAACAGCCUGCAAUAUUGCUAUGAAAAUCUUAGCACCAAAAUGUAGUCGUCUCAGUUACUACUACAGCAAAGCUUUGCACCUGGAUUGGUAUAAUGAUGAUUUCUUGAUUGGCACAGCCACUGAGGUCUUCAUGCUAAAAAAUGAUGCAAAUUACAUCCCAACAGAAGUAGUAACCAAAGGCAAAUUACACUUUAUUGGCAGAAUACUACAGCUUGUGGAGCUUGGUUUUCGUGCGGAGGGAAUUAAGGAACUGUUUGGAAAAGGACUUUCAACAGACUUUGAGGCCUUAGUUAAAUUACUGCAAGGUUCACUGAAACUUCCCACGGAUAAGCCCCUUUUGUCUGCAUAUGCGCGGCUCUUUGGUCAAGAGUUAUUCUUUGCGGAUUUGAACAAGGACUUCAUUCAGAGUAUUAUCAAUGCUGUCAGUCCUUCAUCAGAAAAAGACCACCCAGUCUGGAAGAUGAUUGAAAAUCUUCAGAAGGGGACAUCAUGGCACUGGACCAAGGCCUACUUAAUGUUUGAGACCAGCUACAUUCAAGCCACAUCGCUAGGUCUACCACUAGAAAUCAGCAAAUAUUAUCACACAGUGAUUACGAUUACCAUGAAUGCUACAGCCACCAUCAGCCCACCACUGAAUAAUCGCAUGGGACGACUGUUGACCUCUGAUGUUACACUAGUGACUGAUGGAUUUGCUGGUUACGCAAAGGACCAAUUUCUCUUCCAUGGGAUAAACACUGACAUAUUCCAGUGUGGCAUGGAAAUGAAGAGUAAAAAUGUGCUUGCCAUGCCAUGGGAAUUUAGCAUGAAAAUGAACAUCAAACAAAAUACAUUUGAACUUGACCUUCCUCCUUGCAAAAAGAAGAUGGAUCUCUUCUUAGUCAAGUUUGAUGUAUAUGCAGUCUCAAGGAAUAUUGAGGAGCCAUCACUGGCUAAAAUGACCCCAAUGAUGCCUGAAUCUACUGAGGCUGAAGUGGAUCUAGAGCCAGCCAAAAGAAAUGUGACUUCUAGACAAAAGAUUGAAAAAACUGACUUUUACAAUCCACAAGCAAAAGUGUGUGCAGAAGCUAGCAUCUACGGGGCAACUUUCUGUGUUGAGUCUGAGGCAAAGCGAUCACACUACAUUGAGGAAUACCCACUUUACUACCUCUUGGGAUACACCAACUUUGCAUGUAGAAUUCAACCAGCCCAGUCAAACAAACCUGUCGAUGGGAUUCACAUUGAGCUGAACACCGGUCUAACCAAGUACCCAGUUAGUGUUCGCCAACUGCUUGACACCCUGAAGAGGUUUUCCAAGGACGCAACUGAUCGUUUGAGUCCCUCUGGUUUGUCAAGCAGUAGAACAUCUCAUCGAGCAAAUGUUGAACCCAAAGUAGAUUUUACGUUUGAGGCUUUUAAUGCUACCUGUGAACCAGCAUUCACCAUGAAGGCUCUGGCCAUAAGUGGCAACAAUAGGCCAGAGGGUUACGAAGCAGCUGCUUACUACAACCAUGUGACGAAGAUGUACAACAGCCAGCUGUUCGUGUCUCAGGUUGGGGAGAAGGCCAACUGGACGUUAUGCACAAGUGCCAGUUUGGAUAAGACCCAGCUGGGGGAACUAAAGAUACACCUAAGAUGGGGAUCUGAUUGUCAGUCAUAUCAGAUGUCUGUGAAAGCUUCCACUACACACCUGCCUGAGUUUGAACCCACAGUGAAGGCCAAGAUGCACUGGAAUACUGUUCCUGCAUACAUGAAAGAGGUUGGUCAAAGCAUUCAGAAGUACAUUCCAGGGAUUGCUUUCCUUCUUGGGUUUCACCAGAAACCUGACAGAAAUGCCAAACAGGAAGUUUCUGCAACAGUUGUGGCAGCAACAGCGGACAGAAUUACUAUGAAGAUCAAGUUCCCUGAGUUCACAGUCUUUCGUCAGGCGAUCCCUAUUCCAAUCCGAGUGACCGAUUUUGAGGAGCAUCAACAGUACAUGGGAAACACAACAUUGUUGAUGCAUAGAGAACUAUAAGACUUUACUAGUGCAAUAAUGCAGAAGGACAAAAGGAGCAGCGAUCAGGCAGAUGGCAAACAUGAUCAUUUCUAGGGAAAACCUGGAUGAAACAUCCAAGAAAUUGAUAGAUUAUGACAUUUCUAGUUUAUAGCAUUUCUAUAUUUACAGUAUAUUAAUGAGUACAUUAUUUAGGAACGGUUGCUUUCCAGUCAAUUUAUUAUUUUUACUGUGAAUAUGUUAUUGCACUAUGCAGUUAUUGUUAUUAGUUUACUUUAGAUCAUACUAUGCGUAUAUUGUCAUUCAUUUCAUUGGAGUGAACUAUGAUUAAGUUCUGAGUUUUGUGAAAGGCAUUUCUGUUUGUAUUGAUCUUAGUAGCACAUUUGCAUGGGUAUGCCUUCUCCCUUCUACCCAAAGCCUUCCUUUAGAUAAGCGAUCAUGUGACUUACACAAAUUAUUACAAAUAAUUGAUGCAAUGGAAUUGUACUGUGCCUUAGCAAUCUAAUGUUGUGCUUGUGUAAGUGGGAGGGGAAAGCUGAUGGUUAUUUUGGUCCGUCAAACUCUGUUGAAUGUAUUUUUUCCAGCUUAAACAUCUUGCUAAAUUAGCUUUUUAAAUGUCACUUUAGGUUUUGGAUUAAUUUGUAUAAUUUAGGAUUACUGAUCCUCAGUUUACA